AUGGAGAGAAAGAAAAUUAUUGAUUUUGGGUUGGCGUGGAGAAUUGGUAAUUGGCUGUCUGUGGAUGCGAAGAAUGAUCAUUGGAUCAAUUCGGCUAAUCUUAUGAAGCCUUCGGGUUUGCCGAAUAUCCCAAAUGGUUGCACUGUUAGUUUUUUCAUUGAUCAACAGAACAAGAGUUGGGACCGUGAUAAACUGGUGCAAGCCUUCUCCCCUCAUAAAGUUGAAAGUUAUUAUCAGGCCUGUAAAUUGGCGAACAUGAACACGGCUAGUUCAUCGGGUGUUGGGGAUAGUAACAGGUUAUGGAAGAAGAUAUGGAAAUGUCCAGUUCCGCCAAAAGUUAGGCACUUCCUGUGGCGCAUCUAUCAUCAAACGUUGCCUUGCAAUGCUAAUAUGGUUAAGAAGAUGAUUCGUGUCUCUAGUAACUGUACGAGAUGUGGUACUCGAAAGGAAACCGCUAUCCAUGCGUUAAAGCAAUGUGAGGAAGUUGGAGGCUUGUGGUUGUUAUCCCCUCUAUGUCUGAGAGCUGAUAAUUUACACUGUUUCGCUAAUUAA